AUGCCAGCUCUCUGCUCCGGUGGUCCGGAACACGCACCUUUCACACUGCGGAUACCGAUGUCGCCAAGCACUUACCGUUGCGUUGAGAGCAGUCAACGUCGUAGUAGAACUCUUCUCCGCAUGUUGCAACCUAAGCAAGCUUGCUUCUGCCCCUUGUUGUGA